ACUAUUUUCAUCCUGGACAGGAGCAUCCGACUUUUUCGGAAUGGGCAAACGCGAUGAAAUCCAUGAGGUGGACGAUACCAGGUCUCCUCUCCUCUCCCGAGACUCCUCGCCCACCGAGACGGCUUACCUCAUGUCCAUCCGCAUCGCCGAAUCAUUCUCGCCGCCGACCUCGCCUACACCCACAUCGUCGACCACCGCCAAAGACACUUCCGGUCAUCACGCCCCUCCCUCGUCGCCGCGGAGACCGUCUCUACUAACGAGAUUGAAGCAGAUCGAGAAUAUUCGAGGCUGGAUGGUGUGUUUAGCUAGUUGCGUCAUCAAUGUUCCAUUUUUCGGCAUCAUCAUGAGUUUCGGCGAGCUCCUGCCCUCGUUCCUCGAGCUCUACAAGACGGACAAAACGUCUACCCUUAGUUGGGUCGGCUCGCUCGCCUUUGGCCUGGCCUACGUGUGCAGUCCGAUCUCGUCGCGUCUCUACAUGCACUUCGGUUGCCGCCCCUGCGCCCUGGCCGGGGUCGCCCUCGGGUCCUUCGCCCUCUUCGUCUCGUCGUUCGUUCGUGACAUGUGGUGGAUGAUGGUGACGUAUAGCAUCAUGUUCGGCUUCGCCACCAACCUGACCUACAACACCCCGCUGGUCCUGACAGGGGCGUGGUUUCCCGACCGGCACCACGUCUUGGCAACCUGUCUUGUGACCGCUGGCAUCCCAUUUGGUUCACUGACGAUGAAUCCCGUGGUCGAAUCGUUGGUCGGAUCCAUUGGUCUCCGCAACGCCUUCCGCGUCCUGUCCGCCCUCACCAUCGUCAUCGGUCUUCCCUGCAGCGCGGUCUUAAAGCAACCCGAUUUCGACGCGUAUGCCAACGAUAACGACGUCGACGAUGUCGAUGAUUUGAUAAUGCAGGACUGUGACGACGAAACCGUUCUCGUAAAUCGGAACAAGGAUGAUGUCCAGAGCGUGCAUGAAAUCGACGAUGCUGAAUCAGAGAGUAGUUGGUUGGCGGAAAUGAUUCGGAAGGAGAAGAAUCCGCCGAGGAGGAUUUGUGGUAGUUGCAAUGGAGAUCUUUGGUUGGAUCCACUUUUUAUUAUCUUCAUGGUCGGUCAACUCUUCAAAGGAGUGGGAUAUGUCUUUCCUUUUAUUCAUUUGGUGAAUUAUAUGACUUGGCUCGGCAUCCAGCCGGCGAAGGCGUCCUUAGUGAUGACGGUAAAAGGGGCGUCCGACAUGUUGGGGCGUUUGGCUGUAGGGGUGCUCGGGGACCAUCUCCCCUUCCCCCUCAUCCACGUCUUUGUUCUCGCUUGUGGUAUUAUGGCCGUGGUCACCUAUGUAGCCGUCUUUGCACACCACGCCUUCCUCAUGUUCUUUUAUGCUACUUGUAUUGGUUUCUGUAAUGGAACUUUCAACGCCCUGGUGUUCCCGAUAAACACCAGCCUCUUUAGAAAGGAACUACGCCAGCAGGCCUGGGCGUUUUGUCAGGUACCACCCGGUGUUGCCAUCAUCGUGGGACCCAUGAUAGCAGGCGUCAUCUACGACGCAACGCAUUCAUACUACAACGAUUUUACGUCAAUACUUUAUUCUUCGUCAUCGCCAUGCUCAUCUUCACGUUGAUCCCUAUCAUAGAUCUUAAGAGGAAGAUUGAGAAGAAGAGACAAGAGGCAGGAGAACCGAAGGGUUUAGGAGGAGCAUCAAACAUCAUCGAGAUGACGAAACUAUUCAUGAGAGGAGAAGUCCACGUAGGCGACGCCAACGUCAGGACGGACAAUAAUAAUUAUGGGACAACGACUGAAGCGAGAACGGCAGUAGAUAAUCGCUGAUCGAUGCAUUGACAGUCAAGGAACAAUGUGCUAUGAAGUUAAUUAGUCUUUGCUAUAUAUUUUCAUUGUAUUUAUUAAAUAAAGAAGUAGUUUUUGAAACAGCAUUUGUACUGAAAUGAAAUAGGCGUUCAGUGGUCAUCUGGGUUUUUCCCACCCUCGACACCCUCCAGAAUGGCAAGGAGGCACAUCUCGGUUUAUCAUCAUAGGGCAACGUAACACCGAUGACAUAAGAGUGCAAAUGUGAUCCACAGUGGUAUGCACAAUCAGACGUCGAUUCUACUGCGUCAAACGAGGAGAUAUAGACACAUAAAAACACACUUGACAUGGUAAGAUGUAGCCUAUAAAGGCACCGACGCAUAUAAAAUUGACACAGGGACGCAAUGGCUUACUGCAGGAUUUCGUGUGUGGCAUUGACGGAAGGCUAGUAAAUUAAUAAUUACAAAAAAAGUAAAAAGAGUCCGUUUCGCCCGGUGCAUGCGAAGCGUCAUUUGUUAACGUAGGAAUACGUCAAAGAUUUGCGCGGUCUUUUAUUGACGCUUCAUAGGGAGAGUGGCAUAGUGGAAAACAAAGCAACCAAACUAUAUCACCCACAGGGAUUAUUGUUAACUACUCAUCCAUUAUGUGAAUAUACAUUCAAACCAUCAUGGUGGUCACCUCUCUACAAAGGUUACCUGUCUAUAGUUGACAUGUAUUUCGUAUCCCUUGAGGAAGGAAUGUAUGUUUAGUUGAACCUGUCUAGAAAGGCCAAUUGUCUAAGUGGCCACGUAUUUUGUUUCCCUCGAGAACAAAAAGUGUGUUAUUACACCCUGUCUGGAAAGGCCAUCUGCCUACAGUGGCCACUUUCCCUGUUUCCCUUGGGCGGCCUUUAUAUACAGGUUUGACUGUAGGUCUCUUAAUUCCAAAAAACUAUAACCCACUUUAUCAUACCAUGAUGGAGACACGAAAUAAUCAUCGACCCCAAAUUGACACUAUGCUUGCAAUCGGAAGUGUUUGAAUUGUUGUGUUUUCACAAGCGUGUAUCGAUCGGAUCAGAUUGUUUCAUAAGAGAACUAUGAUUUUUAAUUAUGAGACCACUGUAAAUCUAUAUGCAAAUGUCAAAAUGGCAAUUUAUCCAAUGUAUUGUGACGUAGUCAUGGAUAACUCUCCCGUUUGUGCAGAUAUACGUAUAGUGAUUACAACUUUCAAAAUUGACUACUUUCUUACUUUUUUUAUCCUAUUUAAAUCCAAAUCGCAACCCUAACCCCAUACUAUACUUGUGAGGAAAUAAAGCCCGGAGCUGUUUUGUCACCGAAGCAAAUGUGGGAUCAACGACUCGGGAUUAAAGUAAUCAAAGCCAUUCUACAAGUAGCCUAGAUCAUGUAAAUACCCCACCACUAGACCAACUCAAAUUAUGUUUAGAUGUAGCUUAAUACAUGGGUAGUUGCAUUUAUUACUUCAGUCAAAGCCUGUAUACAGAUACAGAUAUUAACACAGGUAAAUAUUUACGGAAAGUCAUAGAUAAUUUUACAGUUGUUUUACUUAAGUUGCACUUCGACAUCACACCAAAGCGGGUCACCAAAUACUUGGACAUGCUUUAUGACAAUGCAGAAAGAUUAAAAUCUUUAAUUUGUUGUAUACCCAGACGUUGGGCAUCCGGACAGAUUGUUUUUCCAGACAGUUGAUUUAAAACGGUAAUUUGAAGAACUUUACACGCUAUAUUAUAAAUGUGACGUAUCGGACACAUUGUACUGAAACGCCCAAACACUUUUUUCCUAUGAUACUGCAUAGAAAUGUGAUCAUUAUAAACAUAGAACAACAUAGAAAUAACUUUACAUUUGCGACAUUGCAAAUUGUAUUUGAAAUGACCAUGACAUAUGCUAUUUAAUCAUUAUAUACGGUAAAUGUA